AUGGACUCUGCGUUCGCCAUUCCUGGUGACCUGGUCUCGUCAGGCAUGAGUUUUUCACAGAAUGAGCCAUUGCCCAAGGCCAAGGAUAUGACUCAUCAUCUCAAUACCAUCUCGCGCAAUCGGACGACGAGCAGUCUCAAACAAUUGUACAAAUAUAUGACUACUCCAGGCAUGAUCACGCUGGGUGGAGGGAUCCCAUCGCCAGAGUAUUUCCCUUUCGAGUCGAUCUCUGCCACAGUUCAAGCGCCGGACACUCUGCCACUCAACCCUCCCCGCAGGCCCGCGAAAAAGUCGAUGCUCUCUUGGAUCUUCGGGCCAAAGACCAGCUCAUUCACUAUCCCAAAAUACGUGCAGAAUGCAGAUGCAAGAACCAUCCAGCUCGCGACCUCGCUCCAAUAUCAGCAGGCUACUGGACCUCCCGCCUUGCCACUGUUCUUGAGGGAAUAUGUCGCCAAGGUCUACCAGCCGGCUUACGCCGAUUGGGAUGUCCUAAUCAAUUGUGGGGCGACCGAUGCCUGGAGCAAGAUUUGCUUCAUGCUUUUGGAGAUGGGAGAUGCUGUUCUGGUGGAAGAGUGGACCUACCCCGGCGCCGAGAACACGAUGCUACCUCUGGAGACCGAGCUGGUCCCGAUCAAGAUGGACGGUCAAGGGCUGUUGCCCGACCACCUGGAGCAGGUCCUCGGCGGCUGGAACGAGGAGGAGCGAGGCAAGAGACAGCCUCGUGUGCUCUACACAGUGCCAACUGGACAGAACCCCACUGGCGCCACCAUGAUGGGGGAGAGGAAGAAGCAAAUCUACGACAUUUGCUGCAAAUAUGAUGUCAUCAUCUGCGAGGAUGAGCCCUAUUUCUGCCUCUACACGGGCGAAUGGAAGCCUGAGUCGCAAUCGCGAGCGAGUGCCAAGCACGAUGAGACUCUCGAAGGUCCUAAGGGCGCGGACGCCUUCAUCAAGGCCUUGCCACCUACAUAUUUGCGUUACGAUACUGAGGGUCGUGUCAUCCGUAUGGACACAUUCUCCAAAACUUCAUGCCCUGGAUCCCGACUCGGUUGGUUUACAUCCUCGCCUCUUUUUAUUGAGCGCCUGACCCGCGCUACUGAGGCAUCAACUCAGGCCCCGAGUGGCUUUGUCACUGCAAUGACAUCGACUCUAGUCACGAAGUGGGGCUUCGAUGGCUACAUCCGCUGGCUCAGAGGCAUUAAGGCCACUUAUAACAUGCGCAAGACCUGGCUCUGUGACGCUUUCGAAGAUGUCUUCCAUCUCGAGUUUGACGAUAGCUUGGACAAGAACAACGUCAUGGUUCGAGACAUCUUUGGCGGAAUGAGCCGAGGUGUCACAUGUUACGCCAAGGCCCCUUCCUCCAGGACUGCGACCAUCCGAGAAAAGCAGGUUUCGGCGCUGAAGACCAAGACACCACUCGUCUCGUUCAUUCCCCCAUCAGCCGGAAUGUUUGUAUUCCUUGCUGUACACUUUGACGAGCAUCCCGACUACAAGUCGCUUCGAUCUCAGGGAGAAAACGCUGUCCGUGUUCUCAGCGAGCGUCUGUGGAUCGAUCUCGCGGAGAACCUGGUCCUCUUCGCUCCCGGAUGGACCUUUGAUGCCAACGGUCCCCACGCGAUCGGAGGAGAUGGAUAUGGAUACUAUCGAUUGUCCUUCUCCAUCGCGACAUACGAGCAGAUGCACGAAGCGGUCGAAAAGUUCGCCAAAGUGCUGACCAAGUUUUUCAAGGUGUAG